GAUCCGCGGACCGACGCGGUGGUGGAGUCGUCUUCGUCUUCGGCCCGCGCGGGCGCCCCGUUAUAUACGACCGCGGCCGCCGCCGCCGCACCCCGGCCGGGACGCGAGUCAAAUAAUUAAACUCGCUGCCAGCACCGUCACGAGCCGGGGCGCAACCAAACCCGGCCGGGAGAGCUAGCUGCAAGCUGCCGCCGCCUUCUUCUCCGACAGAUCGACCACCCGCGCCGAGUUUCGCCUGCCUGCGAACGGAGGCGGCAUCAUGGACGACGUGGGUUUGGGGCCCGACGAGCGGAUCCUGUGGCCGGCCUCGGUCCUCGCCGGGGUCGCCAUGUGCGGAGCUGUAUACGACUUGACUCGCCUGGUCAGCUCCCGGUGCUUCAAGGGCUACAACGGGCUAAACGAGAUGCACAAAAUCGAGUGGAACAAUAGGGGAUUCUCUACGUUCCACGCACUGGCUGCUGCGGCGGUCUCCUUCUACCUGCUGGUCAUGUCUGGCCUCUUCAGCGAGGACGCUCAUAGUGCCGUCGUGAUAGACAGGAAGUCAUGGCUAUCAGAUGCCAUGUUCGGGGUUUCUCUUGGCUACUUCUUGACAGACUUGGCGAUGAUCCUGCGGUACUUCCCUCGCCUAGGCGGAAAGGAAUACCUCCUGCACCAUGGGCUCUCCAUGUACGCCAUCUCUCUUGCCCUGCUCAGUGGCAAGGGACACGUCUAUAUCCUCAUGGUCCUCUUCACCGAAGCGACCACUCCCUUCGUAAACCUUAGAUGGUAUCUGGAUCUUGCUGGCCGGAAGGGUUCUAAGCUCUACCUGUACAAUGGACUGGCUCUGUUUGUCGGAUGGCUGAUUGCUCGGAUCAUACUAUUCGUCUACUUCUUCACCCACAUGUACCUUCACUUCGAUCAGGUGAGGUCGGUGUUCCCGCUGGGGUUCUACAGCAUCCUGACGGUGCCGCCGGUGCUCUCGCUGAUGAACCUCCUCUGGUUCUGCAAGAUCUGCAAGGGGAUGGUGAAAACGCUGUGCAAAGCGAAGCAGAGUGCGAGUGUGAAAACGGAUUAGGCUGUACCAACGGAUCGAGGCAGGUUGCUCAGAAUGUAUACAGCGCUAGAUUGUGUUCGUUU